AUGGGUCUGCUAGACGCCGUCUCGGGCGCUGCCCAGAAGACGAAGGCUGUAGCCGGCGGCUCCAAGGAAGAACAAGCCGCAACAGUCGAUGGCGCUGCAGCUGAGGAUACCGAGGAGCUAGAUGAGGAGGCGGGGAACAUCUUGAUGAGCCUUAUCGGGCAGCUGCGGAUAGGUAUGGACCUUUCCAAGGUCACCUUGCCCACCUUUGUCCUGGAACCUCGAAGCAUGCUGGAGCGCAUCACCGACUUCAUGAGCCAUCCUGACCUUAUCUUUGGAGCUGGUGCCAUUGACGACCCUGAAAAGCGCUUCAUUCAAGUCACGAGGUACUAUUUGUCCGGCUGGCACAUCAAGCCAAAGGGUGUAAAGAAGCCUUACAACCCUGUGCUCGGCGAGCACUUCCGCUGCUCUUACACGUAUCCGAACGACACACAGGGAUACUACAUCGCCGAGCAAGUCUCGCACCAUCCACCCAUCAGCGCGUACUUUUACGUGUCGCCUGCAAACAACUUGAUGAUCUACGGCGAGCUGAAGCCGAAGAGCAAGUUCCUUGGCAAUUCAGCAGCAAAUGUCAUGGGCGGUCAAAAUCGAGUCGUACUGUUCGACAGGCUGGAGGACGGAGAGUAUGAAAUUGGCAUGCCAAACAUGUAUGCCCGAGGCAUCUUGUUCGGGAAGAUGGUGCUGGAAUUGGGUGACCAGAGUAAGAUCAGGAAUGAAGCCAACGAUUUGACUGCGGAUGUCGAGUUCAAGACGAAGGGGUACUUCACUGGAACUUAUAACGCUAUUGCUGGCAAGGUGACCCGGGGCUCCAAGCACAUUGGGGACAUCAGCGGGAAGUGGAAUGAAUCGAUGGAGUACAAGAAUGUCAAGAGCGGAGAGACAGAGGAGCUGUUCAAUGCAAAGACUGCGAAGAUCAUUCAGAAAACUGUUCGACCAGAAGAGGAGCAGGAGGAGUUCGAGUCGAGAAGGCUUUGGUCAAAGGUAACCGAGGGCAUCAAGGAAAAGAAUCUAGACAAAGCCACCGAGUCCAAGUCCGCGAUCGAGGACGCACAAAGGCAACGCGUCAAAGAGCGUGAAGAGAAGGGAGAGACGUGGCAGCCGAGAUUCUUCGUGGCGAAGGGGGACAAAUUCUACCCGAAGAUCGAGUGA